AUGUGCUACGACCGCUACGUGUCCAUCUGCAAACCCCUGCACUACGGGACCCUCCUGGGCAGCAGAGCUUGUGCCCACAUGGCAGCAGCUGCCUGGGCCAGUGGCUUUCUCUAUUCACUGCUGCACACGGCCAAUACAUUUUCCCUGCCCCUGUGCCAUGGCAAUGCCCUGGGCCAGUUCUUCUGUGAAAUCCCACACAUCCUCAAGCUCUCCUGCUCCAAAUCCUACCUCAGGGAACUUGGGCUUCUUGUGUUCUCCCUCUGUUUGGUAUUUGGUUGUUUUGUGUUCAUUGUUUUCUCCUAUGUGCAGAUCUUCAGGGCCGUGCUGAGGAUCCCCUCUGAGCAGGGACAGCACAAAGCCUUUUCCACCUGCCUCCCUCACCUGGCUGUGGUCUCUCUGUUUAUCAGCACUGCCUCAUUCACCUACCUGAAGCCCCCCUCCAUCUCCUCCCCAUCCCUGGAUCUGGCCCUGUCAGUUCUGUACUCGACGGUGCCUCCAGCCCUGAACCCCCUCAUCUACAGCCUGAGUAACCAGGAGCUCAAGGGUACCCUGAGGAAAAUGAUGACUGUAUCUUUUCAGAAAUGUUAA